AUAGGUUGAGGAUCGGAGGCAUUAUCAGUGGGAUCUAUUGUUUCCUGGCACAUUGGGAGGAAAAACAAAGGGAUUUAUUAUCAUUACCCUGUAAUUUUUUUUCUUUUUCUUUUUUUAAUGUGGCCAGGGAGCUCGGCUUUCCCCGUGCCACACUGGGAUCCGCCUGGCAGCCGCCGGGAGCCGCAGCCAAUGUGUUAGGACUUCAGGUGCUUUUUGGCACAAAGCUAGACUGCGACCUCCUACCAUAGCGCUUGGCGUCACCUGCUCUCCCGGCCCUUCCCCGGGGCCGAGGGAUUGCGUCCCGAAGCAGGCUUGGGAACCGGCUGCCUCUCAAAUGAACCUCUAGUCUUGGUUUGAAAAAGCCAUUUUGUGUAACUCUUGACUGAAUAAUUUCCUAAUACACCUGUUGGGAGGAUCACUGAUACAGUAUGCCAUUUGAGAGGUACUUUUUCUUGACCAAAUACUGGUGAUUAGAGAAGAGAGGUGUUUUGUUUUUGUUUUUUUGUUUUUUGCUUUUUUCCUGAUCAUUAUGAACAUUGGCUUUUCACCCCUGGAGUAAAAAUGUUGAAAACCGAGUCUUCAGGUGAACGAACCACUCUCAGAAGUGCCUCUCCUCACAGGAAUGCUUAUAGAACUGAGUUCCAGGCACUGAAAAGUACCUUUGACAAACCCAAGUCAGAUGGGGAACAAAAAACAAAAGAAGGUGAGGGCUCCCAGCAGAGCAGGGGGAGGAAAUAUGGCUCCAAUGUCAACAGAAUUAAAAAUCUAUUUAUGCAGAUGGGUAUGGAACCCAAUGAAAAUGCUGCAGUUAUUGCCAAAACAAGGGGGAAAGGUGGACCUUCAUCUCCACAGAGAAGAAUGAGGCCCAAAGAAUUUCUGGAAAAAACAGAUGGCUCGGUUGUUAAGUUGGAGUCCUCUGUUUCAGAACGAAUCAGUAGAUUUGACACAAUGUACGAUGGCCCUUCAUAUUCUAAGUUCACAGAAACUCGGAAGAUGUUUGAGAGAAGUGUGCAUGAAUCAGGACAAAACAACCGCUAUUCCCCAAAGAAAGAGAAAGCUGGAGGGAGUGAACCUCAGGAUGAAUGGGGUGGCUCAAAGUCCAACAGAGGCAGUACCGAUUCCUUGGACAGCCUUAGCUCCCGGACAGAGGCUGUCUCCCCAACUGUGAGUCAACUGAGUGCAGUAUUUGAGAACACCGAUUCCCCCAGUGCCAUCGUUUCGGAGAAGGCUGAGAACAGCGAAUACUCAGUGACUGGGCAUUAUCCCCUGAAUCUGCCAUCUGUUACUGUUACGAAUCUUGACACCUUUGGUCACCUUAAGGAUUCUAAUUCUUGGUCUCCUCCAAGCAAACACGGCGAUGAGGCAGAGGAGGCUCAGAAGGGUCAUGCAGCUCCAGCACCAGGAGCGGCUUUAAAAAGUACCUGUCUAGCCUCAAUGCCCAGUGAAGAGACACAGCAGAGCAAGGAAGCCGAGGACUCCGCAUCUAACCAAGAGACUCCUGUCAGCAUCGACAGAGACAUUCCUGAAGACACUUGUGCUGAAAAUAAGGCAAUGCCAGAGUCUGAAAUCCCUUCACCACAAAAUGAACCUUUAGAAGACGCCGAAGCUAAUUCAGUUGGGAGCGAGGCAGCAAUGCAUCAGAAGAAAGAACUUGCAGGUGGUGAUUUUACCUCUGCUGAUGCUUCUGGAUCCAGGUGUGGAAAGGAAGUACCUGAAGAUUCAGAUCAUUUUGAGAGCUCCCAUGUUUACAUGCACAGUGACUAUAACGUAUACAGGGUGAGAUCCAGGUAUAAUUCAGACUGGGGAGAGACAGGCACUGAGCAGGAGGAGCAGGAAGAGAGUGAUGAAAACAAUUACUAUCAACCUGAUAUGGAAUACUCGGAAAUCGUUGGAUUGCCAGAAGAAGAAGACAUCCCAGCAAAUAGGAAAAUUAAGUUUAGUAGUGCUCCAAUCAAGGUUUUCAGCACAUACUCCAAUGAAGACUAUGACAGGAGGAAUGAUGAAGUGGAUCCUGUGGCUGCUUCUGCCGAGUAUGAACUUGAAAAGCGUGUAGAAAAGCUGGAACUUUUCCCAGUGGAGCUAGAGAAAGAUGAGGAUGGACUUGGUAUAAGCAUUAUUGGAAUGGGUGUUGGAGCAGAUGCUGGACUUGAAAAGCUGGGAAUAUUUGUCAAGACAGUAACAGAAGGUGGUGCUGCUCAGAGGGAUGGCAGAAUACAAGUCAAUGACCAGAUUGUGGAAGUGGAUGGAAUCAGCUUGGUGGGUGUCACACAGAAUUUUGCUGCAACAGUUCUCAGAAACACCAAGGGCAAUGUCAGGUUUGUUAUUGGGCGAGAAAAGCCAGGACAAGUGAGUGAGGUUGCCCAGUUGAUAAGCCAGACGCUGGAACAAGAAAGGCGCCAGAGAGAGCUGCUCGAGCAGCACUACGCCCAGUACGACGCCGACGAUGAUGAGGUAACGAUGGAGGAUUUCAUUAAGCCCCUCACACAGUCAGCACUAGCCCACGAAAUUCUGGGGAGCACUGUGGCUGAAUUGCAAGGAGUGUCUGGCAACAGCAAUAACAAUAACAACUAUUUCCUUAAGACAGGAGAAUAUGCCACAGAUGAAGAGGAAGAUGAGGCAGGACCUGUUCUUCCUGGCAGUGACAUGGCCAUUGAAGUCUUUGAGCUGCCUGAAAAUGAGGACAUGUUUUCCCCAUCAGAUCUGGACACAAGCAAGCUCAGUCACAAGUUCAAAGAGUUGCAAAUCAAACAUGCAGUUACAGAAGCAGAGAUUCAAAAAUUGAAGACCAAGCUGCAAGCAGCAGAAAAUGAGAAAGUGAGGUGGGAACUAGAAAAAACCCAACUCCAACAGAAUAUAGAAGAGAAUAAAGAGAGAAUGCUGAAGUUGGAGAGCUACUGGAUUGAGGCUCAGACCUUAUGCCACACAGUGAACGAGCACCUCAAGGAGACUCAAAGCCAGUAUCAGGCCUUGGAGAAGAAAUACAACAAGGCAAAGAAAUUGAUCAAGGAUUUUCAGCAAAAAGAACUUGAUUUCAUCAAAAGACAGGAAGCAGAAAGAAAGAAAAUAGAAGAUUUGGAAAAAGCUCAUCUUGUGGAAGUUCAAGGUCUGCAAGUACGGAUUAGAGAUUUGGAAGCUGAGGUGUUCAGACUACUGAAGCAAAAUGGGACUCAAGUUAACAAUAACAACAACAUCUUUGAGAGAAGAACAUCUCUUGGUGACGUCUCUAAAGGUGAUACCAUGGAGAAUUUGGAUGUCAAGCAGACAUCUUGUCAUGAUGGCCUAAGUCAAGACUUGAAUGAGGCAGUCCCAGAAACAGAGCGCCUGGAUUCAAAAGCACUGAAAACUCGAGCCCAGCUCUCUGUGAAGAACAGACGCCAGAGGCCCUCUAGGACAAGACUCUAUGAUAGUGUCAGUUCCACAGAUGGGGAAGACAGUCUGGAGCGAAAGCUUUCAAACAGUUUCUAUAACCACACGCACAUUACCAAAUCACUUCUGCCCAAGGGUUUGAGAACUUCUCCAGAAUCAGAUUCUGGUGCUUCAUCCCUCACUCCAGUGGCUGGCAGUGUGCCCUUCUCGUCUGACCACAUAGCUGAAUUUCAAGAGGGACCACAGCACCCGGAAAAGGAGCCUUCCUCCCUUAUUUGGGGAGACACUUCACUCUCCUCUCCUUCAAAAUCUGAUCAUGAUAUGGAAGAAUCUCCAUGCCACCAUCAAGCCACCACCAAGAAAAUAUCACAAGAAAAAGAUGGUGCCAACGGUCCUAAAUCGCUAAGGGCAUCCAGUUCACUGGUGAUGCAAGGAGGAAAAAUUAAGCGGAAGUUUGUGGAUCUGGGGGCACCUUUGAGAAGGAAUUCCAACAAGGGAAAGAAAUGGAAAGAAAAGGAAAAAGAAGCCAAUAGGUUUUCUCCAGGUAGCAGGCUCUUCAGAGGCAGGCUGGAACACUGGAAGCCCAAGCCGUCCCCUGCACCUCAGGCCUCCACCCGCUCGCCGUGCAUGCCUUUCUCCUGGUUUAAUGAGAGCCGAAAAGGAUCCUAUUCCUUCAGGGACCUGCCUUCACCUACAAGUCCCCUUCAGCCUUCUCCUGAAACUCUAAUUUCAGAUAAAAAGGGGUCCAAGAAUUUUACCUUCAACGAUGACUUCAGUCCCAGCAGUACCAGUUCGGCAGAUCUUAGUGGCCUGGGAGCAGAACCCAAAACACCGGGGCGCUCUCAGUCCUUAGCGCUGUCGUCAGAUGAGAUCCUUGAUGAUGGACAGUCUCCCAAACACAGUCAGUGUCAGAAUCGGGCCGUUCAUGAAUGGAGCGUGCAGCAGGUUUCCCACUGGCUAAUGAGCCUAAAUCUGGAGCAGUAUGUAUCUGAAUUCAAUGCCCAAAACAUCACUGGCGAGCAACUCCUGCAGUUGGAUGGAAAUAAACUUAAGGCUCUGGGAAUGACAUCAUCCCAGGACCGAGCUGUGGUCAAAAAAAAACUCAAGGAAAUGAAGGUAUCUCUAGAGAAGGCUCGGAAGGCUCAAGAGAAGAUGGAAAAACAAAGAGAAAAGCUCAGGAGGAAGGAACAAGAGCAGAUCCAGAGGAAAUCUAAAAAGACAGAAAAGAUGACCGCUGCGUCAGAGGGUGCCAGCGAGCAGUAACACACACCGCCUCCCAGACAGCUCUCCCCUCUUCCCGCCCUGCUCUCCUCCCGGGGACGAAGGAACUGAUGGCAGGGGUAAUGUGCUCGAGGCCGACUGGGGAACCGUGUGUGGCAUAACUGCAUUUUCUGCAAUAAUAGAAUACACUUUCAAUUUUCACCUCCUGAAAAUAUUCCCAAGCCACCUUUGUUUAUUACCAAACCAAGGAUCUCGUUUGUGAAAGAUGUAAGACGGCUGUGUUUUUCUCUCUUACUUACCAACCUCUUGUGUUGCGUUGGGUGGGUUGUGUCUUGGGGGAACCAGGGACACCCUGCCCAACAAAAGCAUGACGCACCCGCGUGGUGUUAGUGGAGCGCCCUGACUUUUCAGUCUGGGAAUCCUGAAAUUGGGCAAUGGCACGGUCGAGAGCACCCCUCUGCCAUGAGAUCAGGGCUCCAAAAUCUACUCCAGUGUGUGGGAGAGUUUCCCCCCACAUGUUUGCGUCUGGACAGUGAGACAACCCCACUGUAGAAACGUGGGUGCUCUGCCACAUAAUUAUGUACGGUGGCAAAAGGCAGGCAAACUCUUCUGGUUCCGGGCAUCUGAAAGAGAGGAAAGAAUUUGUUAUUCGUUAACCCCAGAAGGAAGCAAAAGCCUUCCAAAUGUGGAUGUGGGUAUUACCUUGGAGUUCUGAGGGUAACAUUUAUCCUCCAGAUUGAGCCAAACAAAGGAAAAAAUCAGACAUUAAUAUGCAGCUGCGGGAUACGGGGAUCCGUUGUUUACUUUGCUCCCGCUGCGUGUUCAGUAGUUCAGUGACACCGACACACAUAACAUAGUUCCUUUUUUCCCCAACAAAUUGAACAGGAAAUUGAUUUUUAAGGAAACCAACAUUUUCAGGUUUCCUCUCCUGGGGAACAUUCUGGCUAGUCUUCAGCCUGACUGUGACACAAUCAGGAACUUGUCACAUAUCUUCUACUUAAGAUUUCCCAAGUGGCCUCAGUUAGUGUUUUAACAAAUGUACUUUUAAGAAAAAUAGAAAUACUGGUUAGAGAAAAUUUAGAUUUGAGUAAUGUUCAACCAGAGAAGCAAUUUUAUUGAGCACACAGAACGUUCCCGUAAAGGAGAGCUGACAGAUUUUAGAGAUGUUUUGAAUGGCUUUUCUGAGCCAUUCUCUUUCAUUCUUCAGAGAUUUCCAUGUUACAGUUAAAGUUUGUUUAAGAGAGUUCACAGGAUACAGUCUGCCAGCAGAGACCGUUAUGCUUAUUUUAAAGCCAGUAUAUGAAGGAUUUCAGUAUUUCAUCCGACUAAUUUAAGCAUAGGAGACUAGGGCAGAAGGAGGAGAAAAUAAACUCCUCUUGAGAAACUUCAAGUGAUCGGUUGUUGUUUGUUCUUUAUGCUCAUGUUUCUGGUUGCCUCUGCUGCAUUGGCUGUACAUAUGAGGUCAUCCACUUUCCAAGGGAUGAGUUUCAAAAUAAGAGUUGAGGCCAGACAAAUCUUCAGCUAGUGUUUUACUUCCUUUUACCACAUGGUAAGGGGGUCUCUGUCCAUUAUCAUAUACUGGAAAGGUUGUGAGCUUGGGGGAAGUUCUUUGAAGAUUACAGGUAACAGAUAAUGUAAAGGGGCACCAUCUUAUAUUUUGGACAUUGUGACUUUUUUUUAAACUUAAUUUUUUUUUCUUUCUUUCUUUUUUUUUUUUUUUUUGUUGCCUAAAUACCUGAAAUCUGAAUUUGGCUUAUCUAGAAACUUAUAGUCCUGUCUUUCCUUCAGGCCUGUUUCCUUUUUAGUGACAGAGUAUUAUCUGUUUUAUUUCAAUCCUUUUGUCCCUAGGACCGAUCAUUCAUUCACUGCUCAGAAACAUUGACAUAAAGUCGAUCGUGUUUUACAAUUAUCAGAGUCACUAUAUAUGUUUUCCUGACUAUCUUCAUUUUGUGUGUGUAAUGAAACUGCUGUACUGGAUACUCUAUUAUUAUUUGAGAUGUGUGGUGCUUUGCUGUUUAUUAAUAUCAUGAGAAACAAGGAACCACUAUUCAUGAACUACAAAAUUCAGCAGAUCUUUUCUAACACUAAAAGACGAAAUUAGUCAAAAUCUGGUAAUACUAGUGCUUGCUAUUGUAAAUUUUUGCCAUUUUUUCUUAUCUUUGGGGGGAAAAACGUGAUCUGGAUCACACUGGAAGUUUUGCUCCGUCUUCAUUUUAAGAGUGGAAAUAGAGGAUGAUUAUCUUAAGUUAUGUUUACACUUUGGUAAUAUUUGAAAAUGGAUGUAUAUACUGGAAAUGUCUAUAAGUCUCAGUCUCUGCACAUAAUUUAUGAUGUCUAUUAUUUUGCAUUUUCUUUAGUGUCUUAGAAGUAUUGUUCUUGAACUUCAUUUGUACAUUUCCAAUGUUUAGACCAAUGACCAACUGAAAAUAUUAUAAAUCAAAUUCUUAUUCCUCAAAUCACUUAGUUUGUAUUAUAACUAUUUUGAUUUUUUAAGUUAAGUUACAGUGAUUUUUAGGUCUUAAUGAGUUACUUUAAUAUUAUUACUCAAAAAACUGCUGAAAUCGUAAAAGGCACUUGAUUUGACUGUCCAGCGAAGGAUAAAAUGUAAACGGAUUGAUCAAAGAGUAUGAAAACAAAGUGCAGGACCUCAGAACUUAUGAACAUUUUGUUUUCGUAUUAUUUCUUUUCUUGACUCUAAUGCAUGAUGCCUAAUCGAGGGUCCAGUGUCUUCAACAACUCCUACUUUAAUGCUAGUGGUUUGGGUGUCCUUAUAGUUUCACGUAGAAUUGUUGCUUCAUGAACCUUAAAGACUUUGCAGUUUUUUAUUUAUCAGAAAAUGAAUAAAAAGGGAAUAUCUGGUUACUAUGAACUAUAUUCCCCAAAUGACAGCUCAGUAUGACUCUUACAAUAGCCAAAUUGUUUUGGGGUAUAGGUAAUGCUUUGGGGGUUAGGGAAUGUGUGGCGAGGCCAAGCUGUAGACAGGGAACGUUGUAUGAGCUGAAUGUCUGGGACAGAGUUUUCCAUUAAAGGACUUCAGUUUUUAUAACAGAUUACUUGAUUUAAGGCCAUCUCCCUUAAACUCACAGUUUAUGUAAUAGUUUUCUCAUUCUUUUUUUUUUUUUUUUUUUUUUUCCUGAAUCCGAGGUGUGCUUCAGAGUGAUACAUUAGGGCAGAAACCUGAUUUUGCCCAUUUGGACACAUCGAUGAAGUCCACCAUUAAUUUCAUGACAAUAAAUGUAUCAUUCUAUGUUAUCCUCCUUUAAUUGGGGUUGACAUGGAUUUCCGGCCCUCAACAUCAUUAAAAGUAUUUUUAACCCACAAUGGUUCAUGACUGCAGUAUGCUAGUGCUCAUUCCGAACUUUACUUUCAAGGGGCAUGAAAUGGAACCACCUACUCUGGGCUUCUUUGUUGUUGUUGCAAAAAAGUGGCAAGAGGACAGGGGAGGAACCAAAUUAACCCUUGCUGCUGCCUUUCAUCCUGUGUCAUCCCUGGCCUGGAAACAUAUGCUGUCCCAGGCCUGAGCUACAAAAACAGUUACAGGUUGUUGGACCUAGCACCUUAAUUAACCUUUAUGGUUUUUGCUGAAGACAAAGAAUUCUCGUCUAGGUUCUUUGUGUAAUAGGAUUAACAUGUGCUUUAAAAUUAUACUUUAAAAGGUAAAUAAAAAAUUUGCAUUUAUAUGGAUAUUCUAACUCAUUUAUAAAUGUUAAAGGUUAUAUAGACCGAGCUUCAAGAGAAGAAACCCAGUGUUUGAAGAUUCUAAAGGGAGAUGUCCCAAUAGUUCUAGAAGAAGUGUUUCUACUUUGGAGGUGUUGUAGCUCCUUAUUACAUUGACAUAUAUAAGAAUUCCCAAAUUCCAUUUGAGCAACCAAAUUUUCUGUCCCAGUAGGGCCCUGGUGAGGGGCAUUUCACUCUGAUGGACAGCGGUCACUACAGUUCGUGUCACCUACUUAACGCUAAGUCCUCAGUGCUUUCUGAAGGGAAGGUAAAAUGGAAAAGAAAAGCCCAGGGUUUUUAAAAAUAUCUUUUCAAAUUUACCUUUAAUCAAGGAUCUACCCAUCUGCUAUCUGAAAUUAAGCACUGAAGGAUGAAGUCCAGAAAUUAACUGUGCAUAUUUUCCACUAGAAUUGUUUUCCUUCUGAUAAUGAGGGUGGGUAGUCAACCCUCAAAAGAAAGCCGUGGUAUAAGAAAUAUGAAUGUGUUUCAGUGACUCAUUCCUGAAAAACAGCCUGGGUAUGUAGGCAGAUUUUUGUUUUUAUAUUUACCUUAGGUAUUUAAAGUCUCAGGAUAUUUAGUCUUGGUCCAAAGCACUGGGGGAAAAAAAUCAUACUAGACAGUACACCAGUAGUAUUGGAAUAACUUCUAGUAGCAAUGUAGAAUUGAUCCCACCAGGAGGUCAGAGGGCAAAGAAAAAGCUUACAGGAUCAAUUUUCCCCUGGAAAAUAAAAGCCUCAAGUUCUACCUUAGGGUAAACAGAGGGUCUUUCAGUGCUUGUGUGUGAGCGUCUGUGUGCAUGUGUCGAGGGAAUAGUUGUGACUGAAGCCCACAUACAUGCGUGGUGUGGAUGCAACACAGCCUGUGACCUGCUUCCAGAUCUGGAGAGUGGGGAAGGACAGAAACGGGAUGAUUUCCAAUCCUUGGCCCCAUUCCAAGCCCCAAACUGCUGGAGAUUCAAGAGUGAGUAGGAGGUAACACAUAAGAGAACCAGAGGCAACAUCUCAAUAAUGUGCAUGCCACGUGUGUAGACGUACAGAACUACAUAUGUGUGAAUAUAGUCCCACCUUACAUGUACACACAUACACACUCUGCAAUCACAUUGCAUAAAAUAUAUAUAUAUAUAUUGUAUAUGGAACUUGGUAAUGUCAGUUAGGACCCCAAGCAGUAAUCAUAGCCUUAUUGCCACUUUCUGUGUGUGUAUACAUUGAAUGGCUCAUAAGAUUUUAAGAGAUUUUUUUAAUGUAAGUAUUUCUACUAAAUGCACUUAUCCUUCUACAUGUUUAUAUAUUUUGGUAAAAUUGAUUUAUUAGAUACUUGGUAUUUUAGUAAGAUAAAGUUUCCUCAAAUGUUUGGUUAAUGCUUUGAUGUCAAGAUUGCACAUGGCUGAGUCGAACCUCAGAAAUUUAUGCAGCUUUGGGCAUUUUCAACUGCAGACCGCAGUUUCCUUAGCUAAAAAUUGCACCGCGUGUUCUCGUGCAUUCGCUCGUGCUCCCACAGCGACGUAUCUGGUAGCUGUGAUGCUUACGUCACUAACUACUGGCUCUCUGAUGGCGCUGUUGCCAUCCCAUGAUCAUUUAUUUACUUCUUUUAUGGAGUGAUGGCAUGGUUAGGUCAUUGCCAAAUUCAAUGCAAGUGGAUGUGAGUGUGAGUAUGUUGUUGGAAGGUGUACAUUUCUCUUUCUUGCAGCUAUUUUAUCCACACACCCAGGGUUUCUUUGAAGGAUUUAAUCUUUCAUCCACGAAAGAACAAUUGGCCACAAAUAGUUAAAUUACCUUGAAAAGUGGGAAUUAAUAGGCACGCCAGCUCGAUAACACCUCCCAACAACAUCAGAUUUAGUUAGUGUUUUGUAAAACCCCUUAAAUAUAUAUAUAUAUGUGUAUAUAUAUGCGUAUAUGUUUUCCUUAAUAUUAUUUAUGGUCACCACUACUGCUUUUGUAUUUUUUAAUGGUGUUGCAGUUAAACCACUAGUAUGCCUGCUACGUAUCACUAACAAAACCGACCAGCUGAAAAAAGAAACAAGAGAGAAUGAAUUCCGUUCCAUUGUAAGACAUUGAUUUAUUUUAACCUUUCGUUAUAUAUCACUAAAGGAAAAGAGUUGUUUGAAAAACCAUUUUAAGUCCAACAAGUAUGGAUAGCAUGUUAUCUGAAACUUUUGAUUUGUACAUUUUGGUGUCUGAUCAUUUGCAUGGAAGAGACAGUAGUGCCACGUCUGAAUUGUUCUCUUGCGCUUGGUUAAUACGUACUUCUCUAGAUUGUUCCGUUUCAAGCGACUUUUCUUACUCUUCGGUUUUCAGAGGCGUUCAAAGCAAACUAUCACAAUGGUCCUCUGUUUUCUGACCAAUCUAAAAAUACCUGUGAUUAAAUUUAAUUUGUCAGUGUAAAUAAAUUUCUUGCCAAUGAGUAUUGUUGUUGUUAGACAACGAAUGCAAUAAAAAGAGAAAUACGGA